AGCUCGGGUGCCAUACUUGCCUCAAGCACAAGGUCCUACGUUCCAUCCCGGUACCAAAAACAAUGGAUGAGUGGCAGGGUCCUGGGGAGCCCCAGCAACACAGGUGCCUCUACUGCCCCCAUUUCCAUUGGGGCUCUGGGCUCUGGGCUUUGCUGCCCCAGGGCUGUUUAGUCCCAGUGGACAACCCCUCAAGGACAGCUUUGUGCUCAGUGCAGUUGGGCUGAGCUCUAUCUGGUGAAAGCAAGGAUACACGGCCAGGGUAAGACAGAAAACCUUUUGAGAAGGCCACCUCCCACCUGCCCAGGCCCCUGGUGGGGCACAGUUUUGUCCCCAAGGUCACCUCCAGAGGAGAUAGGGGCCUCCCUCCCCCAAACAUUCCACCCCAGCCAUAUAAGCCCAGGCCGGCCACCCAUUCCUGGCACACCCAUCAUGCAGGGGCUGCCUCUCACCCAGCCACCCCUAGUGCUGCUGGCCCUGGGGGCUGUGUUGGGGACCAAGACCCCUGGAGAAGAGCUGGCUGCUGGCACCAGGAGCCUCAUUUUCCCUGAAGACUGGGUCCAGCCGCUGGGUAGUCCACGAGACCCUGUGUGCCUGGUGACACUGAGCAGUGCUAGCAAUGGGAGUGGGAGCCCUCUGCAGGUGGUGGGGGGCCUGAGUAGCUACGAGCAGGCCUUCUUGGAGGCUGUGCAGGGCACCCGCUGGGGACCACAUGACCUGGCCACCUUCGGGGUCUGCAGCCCUGGCCAUACCCAGGCUGUCCUGCCUGCUCUGCAGCACCUAGGGGCCUGGCUGCAGGAGCCUGGAGGGCAGCGGCUGCUGAUCCUGCACCUGGCAGAAGUGACAUGGGACCCAACACCCUUGCUGAGGUUUCAGGAGCCCCCAUCUGGAGCAGUCAUCCCCCAGGAGCAGGCACUGCUGGUGCUGUACCCUGGGCCUGGCCCCGAAGUCACUGUCACUGGGGCUGGGCUGCCAGCUGCCCAGAGACUCUGCCCGACCCCGGAUACUCGCUAUCUGGCACUGGCUGUGGACCACCCGGAGGGGGCCUGGCACGGCCCAGGGCUUGCCCUGACCUUGCAGCCCCAUGGAGACGGUGCCACCCUGAGCACGGCCCAGCUGCAGACUCUCAUGUUUGGGACCGACCCCCGCUGCUUCACGCGGAUGACCCCUGCCCUACUCCUGCUGCCACGAUCUGGGCCUAGGCCUUUGCCUGCGCACGGCCAACUGGAUACGAUGCCCUUCCCACCGUCCAGGCGGUCCUUGGAGCCCUCCUUGGAGCCCGAGGAGCUGCCGCCCGGCACCGACCCCUUCCUGGAGACGCUCACGCGCCUGGUGCGCGCGCUGCGGGGUUCCCUGGCCCAGGCCUCUUCAGUGCGCCUGACCCUGGAUCCAGGCGCGCUGGCCAGCUUCCCGCAGGGCCUGACCUACCAGGCCAACAACUGCCAGGGUGCAUGCGGCUGGCCGCAGUCCGACCACAACCCGCACUACACCAACCACGUGGUGCUGCUGCUGAAGAUGCAGGCUCGCGGGGCAGUCCUGGCACGCCCACCCUGCUGUGUGCCCACGGCCUACACGGGCAAGCUCCUCAUCAGCCUGUCCGAGGGGCGCAUCAGCGCGCGCCACGUGCCCAACAUGGUGGCCACCGAGUGCGGCUGCCGGUGACCCUCGUCCCAUAUUUAUUCAGACCCAAGCAUCACCUCAAUAAAGACCAGGAGCACCCAGCUG